AUGUCGGCAUUCAACUUCAAUAUUUUAGAAAAUACGUGCGUUUCGAAAACGAAAAUUGUGUGUUUCUACAACGACGGAGCAUUUUACUUUGAUGGUAUAAAAAUUAUAGUUGGUAAUAGUUCCGAAAACAACAGCGGUGGCAUAGGCGGUUUUGUUGGCCCAAAUCACGAGUAUUUUCUUUACUGUGGAUCGAAGUAUCCGGAGAUAGCAGUUGUGAGAUUCAAUAGCAAUACUAAUAAGUGGGAAGACCAUGCAUGUAUGCAGUGGUUUAAAUUCGAGACCGACAAGAAUAUGUUCAAGAGUAUAUGGUUCACGAAGGAAGAACCAGCCCUGAUAUUCCAACCUAAGAAAGCGUAUAGAGAACAUGUCAUGAAGCAUAAGGAUCUUGCUGAAGGUAUGGGGUGUAUCAAACUUAACCUCUCUACUGGCCGCUUUACGGGUAUAUCACGAAAACAGUUCGAGAAACAGAGGCAUUCUGCUUUGGAUAAGAACAGUGUAUGGCCACCUCUUUCUUCGGGAAACGGCCCCUUGGGAGAUGGAGAUUGGCGAGACACCCCCAAUCCCCAGCUGGAACAUUCGCUUGCAUCCAUGAACUCGGAUCGCGAAAAACAAGAAGAAAUGCUGGAGCAAUGGGAACAGAUGAAAUUACUGUUCAACAGACUAUUGGAAAUGAUUGAUUGGUCACUAAGGGCUGUGUUGCAUCACCCAUAA